CUUUUAUCCACCAUUGUUGAAAGCUUUGACUUGGACCAAAGAAACAUAGAAGAAAGAAGAAAAAGUCUCACCUUCCUCCGCUCCUUCCAUAGCGUGUGCUAUCUGCGUUACUCUAUUUGUAUCUUCAUUCCCAACAUCAUAUAAGAUAAAUCCUUCACCCCAACUCCCAACUCACUCUCUUCUUCGAUCCAAUAAUCAAUCGAUACUUACUUCAUUCAUCUUAUCAAAUCUGAAAUCAUCACUCUUAAAGGUUUUCAUGUGUAAGAUCACACAGGGUAAACUUCAUAUUGUCAUGGAUGGAGAGAAAUUUCAAGAGAAGUACAAUGGAUUGUUCUUGAAAUGCUCGAAUUUGCUGGAAUUAGCAGCUGCUGAUGAUGUUUCUGGGUUUAUUUACAUGGUGGAAGAGAAGGGGGAAAACUUAGAUGAGAUCAGCUUUUGGUAUGGAAGAAGAAACGGGUGUAAAGGGAAGAUGGGGCUGGAAGAACGAACCCCUCUCAUGAUUGCUUCAAUGUAUGGAAGCAUUCAUGUUGUCAAAUACAUAAUCAACACGAAGAAGGUUGAUGUUAACAGAAUCUCCGAUUCCGACGGCGCCACCGCUCUCCACUGCGCUGCUGCAGGUGGGUCUCCGAUGUCCGUUGAGGUUGUGAAGCUUUUGCUUCAAGCUUCCGCCGAUGUUAACUUAACCGACGGUGAAGGCAACAAACCCGGCGACUUGAUUGCUCGUGGGAUCAAAUCAACAAAACCAAGAGUUUUGGAGAUGUUGUUGAGGGGUUUUGGGAUUGAAGAUGGAAGCGAUGAAGAACAAACUGAAGAAAAAGAAGUUGUUUCCGCUAAAAAGGAGUAUCCAGUUGAUGUAUCGAUGCCUGAUAUCAACAAUGGCGUUUAUGGGUCCGAUGAGUUUAGGAUGUAUACGUUUAAGGUGAAACCAUGCUCAAGAGCUUACACUCAUGACUGGACAGAGUGCCCGUUUGUUCAUCCCGGCGAGAACGCUCGCCGCCGUGACCUCAGAAAGUUUAACUACAGCUGCGUUCCUUGCCCGGAGUUUCGAAAAGGAAGCUGUGUGAAAGGAGAUUCCUGCGAAUAUGCACAUGGAGUGUUUGAAUCAUGGCUUCAUCCUGCUCAAUACAGAACUCGUUUAUGUAAAGAUGAAAUCGGAUGUGCUAGAAAAGUUUGUUUUUUCGCUCACAGGGUGGAGGAGCUCCGGCCGGUGUACGCUUCUACUGGAUCAGCUCUCCCUUCUCCAAAAUCAGGAUCUGUUGCUGUUAAUUCAAUGGAAAUGGGUUCGAUGAGUCCAUUGGCGCUUGGUUCAACACCACCGAUGUCCCCUCCGACAUCUCCGAUGUGGCAGAACAAGGUGAACCAUUUAACGCCGCCGGCGCUGCAACUUCCGGGGAGUAGGUUGAAGACGGCGUUGAACGCUAGAGAUUUGGAAAUCGAUAUGGAGUUGCUUGGAUCGGAGAGCAUUAGAACUCAACAGCAACAACGAAGGCAAAUGAUCGAUGAUCUAGCAACUAAUCUUUACAACCACAACAAUCGAUUUGGGGAACUGAAUUUAAAACCAACUAAUCUCGACGACGUUUUUGGAUCUAUUGAUCAGUCUUUAUUAUCUCAAUUUCAUGGGUUAUCUCCGAAAGUGUCAUCUUCAAUGACAAACUCACCUAUCCAGUUGCAAUCUCCAACCAGUCAUCAACAAUUCCGACAAAAUUCAAACCCACUUCGUGCAUCCUACCCUUCACCAAACUACUCAUCUUCUCCGGUGAGAAAACCGACGAGUUACGGGUUUGAUUCUUCGGCGGCAGUUGCUCAGGCAGUCAUGAAUUCGAGAUCUGGUUCCUUCACCAAGCAACGCAGUCAGAGCUUCAUCGACCGAGGAGCAGGAGCCACCAUGAGUCUCCGGUCAGUCCCUCAACAAACCUCCACUUUUACCGAAUGGGGUUCGCCGGACGGGAAACUGGAGUGGGGUUACAGCGGUGAAGAUGCAAAUAAGCUUAGGAAAUCUGCAUCUUUCGGAUACGGUGGUGGUGCAGCUGUAAAUAUGAAUAAUGAACCAGAUGUUUCAUGGGUGAAUACACUGGUUAAAGAUGUUGGAGUUGGGCUGCAUAGUUCACCGGAAAAGCAUAGAUACGGCGGCGCCGGUGGUGAUAAACUGCCGCAAUGGAUUGAGCAGAUGUAUAUAGAGCAGGAGCAGAUGGUGGCAUAAAAGAGAAAGCUAAAGAAGAGCUCUGGUUUUGCCAUUAAAAUUCUUUUGGGGAAUUCUUAAUUUAUAUAAUUAAUCAUGUAGUAAUAUGAAAUGUAGGAGGAGGAAGCAGGAAGCUCAAAAAUGAUCUUGAUUUGGGGAAGAACACCUGGGAAUUCUUUUAAUUUUUUCUUUAAUUUGGUGUAAUUUCUUCAUAAUUUCCCAGCUGGGAAUCUAAUUAAUUAUUUUUUUCUAGAUCAAUUCCUGUAUUGUUUAUGUUUCUUGCAAUUCAUAAUUAGUAUAGGGUAAAGAUAUAUGCUCAACAAUGUUUAAAAAUAACGGUUUCUCUCUACUAAAUUAAAGUUUUCUUGUCA